UAAAAGUUCUCUGAUCUGUUCAAAUUCCAAAUUAAAUUAUUACCUGCUGUAGAACAAUAAACUUCGAAACUUUCAAAGGGUCAAAAACAGUACUUUGUAGGCUAGUUUUGGUCGGUUCUUCUGGACGUUUCAGAACUCAGAGCAAGCUAACACCAAUACUCCGGCACAGUCGAAUCCAGGUUUCACUUCUUCUGUCUUUGGGGCUUCAAGCUAUUAAUAAGGAAACGGGAAGAUAUAGGAAGAAGGGGUCAUGGGAGAUAUUUUCAUAUGGCUUACGUCUUUUUUCAUUCUCAUUGCGCUUAUUGCUCUCAUUGUUUUUCAGCUCAUGUGCUUGGCUGAUUUAGAGUUCGAUUACAUCAAUCCUUAUGACUCUUCAUCACGGAUCAAUAAAGUUGUCUUGCCAGAAUUUAUCAUCCAAGGGCUUCUGUGCGUAUUCUAUCUAUUAACGGGGCAUUGGGUCAUGUCGCUCUUGUGUGCUCCAUAUUUAUACUACAAUGUGAGACAUUACUUUAUAUUCAGCUUGCAUUGCAACCCUAUGUCUUGUCAGGUUAAGCCCAUCUGGUUGACUGGUCUAUUUAAUUCCUUGAUCUUGUUUGACAACGUGAAUUAUGAGUUGUGGAAUUUUUGUUCUUAACUUGUAACUUCUAACUCGUGCAAAGAGAUGCAUCAAGGAAAGAUUUGUGUUAUAUGUCUACACUUUCCAGUAUUGUGAACGUCCUUGUGGUGAAUAUGAGUAUUGAUUGUUUGCUCCAUUAGCCUUUCAGCCUCUCGUAGGUUAAAGACCCAUGCUAUCAGGCACUAACUGUAAAGAAAAGUGUGAUUCAUCUGCUGAGGGUAACAUGUAUGGUGCUGCGGGCAAUGUUCCAUUGAUCGAAGUAAACAAUAGAAUGUUUUAGUGAUCUUCUUUGAAGAUUGAUUGGCAGACAUACUAACGACUUUCACUUUAAUUUGGCAACAAAUAAAUUCAUUGGUCCCAAAAAGUAUUAGCAUCCCUUGUGCCAAGUUUGUUGGAUUCGAGAAUUUACAUUAUGAUAAAAAAAACUUUCUUUUUCCUACCUAUCGAAGAUUGCAUGCAUGCCAGAAUCUUGGUCUCUCAUGUAAUUGUAGUUAUUUGUAUGUUUUAAAUUAAGUUUUGUUUAUAAUAUCA